GGGGCGGAAGUCAGGGGUAAGAGGCGGAGCAUUGCUGAGGCCGGGCCUGACCACAAAGGUGGGCCGGGAAGGAGGAGGCCUCGCGGAGGGUCCAUGGCGGAGAAGGCUGUUCCACAAUGGAUGGAGGAGAAGGUAGUGCUGACCUUGUGAUUAACAAAAGGUUUGUGUCUGAAGUGGAGAUAGAAGAGCGUCGCAAACGAAGGCAGGAAGAAUGGGAAAAGGUCCGGAAACCCGACGACCCCAAAGAAUGCCCCGAGGAAGUUUACGAUCCCAGAUCACUCUAUGAAAGGCUCCAGGAACAGAAAGAUAAGAAGCAGCAGGAGUUUGAGGAGCAGUUCAAGUUCAAAAACAUGGUGAGAGGCCUGGAUGAGGACGAAUCCAAUUUCCUCGACGAGGUUUCUCGGCAGCAAGUGCUCCUAGAGAAGCAGCGUAGAGAAGAGGACCUAAAGGAGCUGAACGAGUACAGAAGCACUUUGUCAAAGGUGGGGGUCAGCACUGACCUGAAGAAGGAGGCAGAGAAGAAGCUGUCCGUGAAACCGGCCGAUAACAAGGGCAAGUUCUCUCAGGCAAAACUGUUGGCAGGAGCCGUGAAACAUCGAAGUUCAGAAGGUGGCAACAGUGUGAAGAGGUUGAAGCUUGAUCCAGAUCCCGACCAUGACAAAGCUCCAGAAAAGCCGUCCUGUGUCCCGCUAAGCAGCAGCUCCCCAAGCGGCUCCGCGAUCCACUGCCCCUCGGCCGCCGUGUGCAUCGGGAUCCUUCCUGGCCUCGGCGCCUACUCAGGAAGCAGCGACUCCGAGUCCAGCUCGGACAGCGAGGGCACCAUCAACUCCACCGGCAAGAUUGUCUCCUCCGUGUUCCGUGGCAGCAACUUCUUUGACGCUCCCCUUUAGGGCUCCUCCCAGCCCUCGCGAAUGCUCGACGGGGACCCGUUGCCUUCGCCUUUUUCGUCCCACUCACUUUCCAAACGCACCACUCUUCCAUCUGUAUUUUUUAGACAAUACCAAAAUAAUGUACUAGGGCUCCGUGUGUGAGUGUAUGUGUGAGAGAGUGCGAGAGGGGCGGGACUCCCCCCCCCACACACCCUCCCUCCCUCCCUCCCUCCCUCCAAGGCUCAGUUCCAUUUGCAGGGGAGCACGGAUGGAUUACUCAUUCCAUCCAGAAAUGCAUUCGCUCAAGCAACAGGCUUGAGGGGGAGGAUGGGGGGGCUUGCAUUUCUAAACAUCCUUCCCUGGGGGUGUUACGAAUUGGUUCGCAAAGGCGCACUCUUGGGGCAUGGUCGCCUGGCAGGCGUGGGCACGUGGGACAGCUCUCUGAGCUCUCACAUACCAUCUUUCUGAUACAAUUGAGGAGGGAAGACCAUAGAAUCAAGCCAGAUGGUAAAAUGUGGAUUGCUGGGAUACUGUAGCAAAGUGCUAGCGUUGCACCGAUUAAAGAAAUUCUGAAAACGUUUUUUUAAAUCUUGGGUCGUGCCAUUCGUACUUACUCACCCAGUCCUGCUGCUGAAAAGUUGUUUGGGCAGGUCUCUCUCCUGUGUGUCCAGGGGGCCAGCAUUCCUCCUGCAAUGUCUUCCUGCUCGGAGUGGGUGUCAGGGAUGAGUGCACAGGAGGUCUAGGCUGUCUCAAAGGGGUUUUGCUGGUUUCUCAGUCAGAUCAGUAACAAGCCCUGUUGUGCUGCAUUGUUUCCUAGAAAGGGACAGCUGUGCCAUCUGGAAAGUGUCGCAGACUCUGCGUCCAUGCCGAUGCUGAGAACUGGAGCGCAACCCCUCCAGAGGGCACCAAGUUGGGGAAAGCUGUUCUGCAAGUGUCUCUGAUGUUUAGGAGACAGGUCAGCGGCCAAAAUGUUGGGGAGGGGCAGGAAGCGCACCAUCUAGGUUUAGUAUAAACACUGGUAUUUAUGUAAAAAUGAAACAUUAAUGCUUGCAAGAUUGAUACUAUGAAUGCUGUUCUACAUUAUUAUAAGGCAAACGAUUAAAUGCACUCAUUGCAGGCAGCCUUCCUUGAAA